AGCGGGAGAUAGGAAGGAGGGAGCGAGGCUAGGACUUCUUUUGGUAGCAAUAUAAUAAUGUGCGGAAGGAAAGAGAGAGAAAAAACAGGAAGAGAUGAAAGACAGACAGACAAAGAAGUUGGAGCGUUGAUCAUUUCUGUGCCGUUCGGGAGCCGACGCGGCUGAUCAGACUCCGGUGUGGAAUCGAUGCACGCCUGCUGGGAGACCUUUGUCGCGCCUGCAAGCCUUAAUCGAUUUACAGUGGCAGGAGCUUCCAGGGACCGAGUCCAGUUCAUCGGAAGGGUCAGGAGUUCGUGUCAGCUGGCAGAUAGAUGCGGACGGAGAAAAAUGAGACACGGUGGCAUGUUGUAGCUUGUGGGUCUCAGAUUUUCCUCGCUCAGUACAGCUCUGUUCGGUUGCCGUCGCCCAAUUAAAGAAACUGCAAUCGAAUAAUGGCCACAGCCAACAGUGCACGUCUGCUCAUUACAUUGAAUGGGACUUGCCCUCCGGGAAGGGCACACAGAACAAGGGCCAUGUCUCUGUCUGAGUCAUCUCCUCUUUCCAAAGGAUGGCAAAGGGCUGCAGUCCAGCUACCUCAGGGACCAGUGACUUUUAAAGAUGUAGCUGUGUAUUUCACCAAGAGACAGGGUGCAUUGCUUGACCCGAAUCAGAGGGCCUUAUACAAAGAAGUCAUGAUGGAAAAUUAUGAGAAUUUGGCCUCACUGGGAUUUCUGGCUCCCAAGCCUAACCUCAUCUCUCGGUUGGAACGAGGUGAAAAUCCAUGGUUGUCAGAUUCCCUGGGCUUGGAUAGCCGCCUCUCAGGCGAGGGACUGGCCUACGCCAACUGGCCAGCGAUCCGCUGGGGACUGUCCAACCCGCCCUCGCCAGUCCUGUGUGCAGGUGGCUUGAGGAAAAAGAACACAUGCCGUAAGUGCGGCAAAAGUUUUGCUCAGAAAUCAGAACUUCGGAUGCAUCGGAUUAUUCACAUGGGUGAGAAACCAUUCAAGUGUCUACAGUGCACAAAAUACUUCGUUCAUCACUCUGAACUUGUGGAACACCAGCGGGUGCACACAGGAGAGAGACCCUUUAAAUGCCAGGAGUGUGGGAAAUGCUUUUCGCGUCAGUCAGUUCUUGUGAAUCACCACAGGAUCCACACCGGAGAGAAACCUUAUCAGUGCUUGGAGUGUGUGAAAUGCUUUACCCAGAGAUCACAACUCGUCAGACACCAACGGGUGCACACAGGAGAGAAGCCGUACAAAUGCCUGGAAUGUGGGAAGUGUUUCGCUCGUCACUCGGUCCUUAUUAAUCACCAAAGAGUCCACACAGGAGAAAAACCAUACAAGUGCUUGGAGUGUGCCAAAUGCUUCGCACGUCAGUCGGUCCUCGUGAACCACCAGAGGGUCCACACUGGAGAAAAACCCUAUAAAUGUCAGGAGUGUGGAAAACGUUUUGCUCACCAGUCAAACCUUGUGAAUCAUCAGAGAGUCCACACGGGAGAAAAACCCUACCGGUGCCUGAAGUGUGGCAAAUGUUUUGCGCAGCAAUCAGAUCUUGUGAAACACCGGAGAAUCCACACUGGAGAGAGACCCUACAAAUGCCUGGUAUGUGGGAAAUGUUUUGCAAUACAUUCUGAUGUCGUGACUCACCAAAGAGUCCACACAGGAGAGAAACCCCAUAAAUGCCUGGAGUGUGGGAAGUGUUUUGCCCAGCGCUCAGCCCUCGUGAGCCAUCAAAGAGUUCACACAGGAGAGAAACCCUACAAGUGCUUGGAGUGUCAGAAAUGUUUUGCUCAGCUGUCAAACCUCGUCAAGCACCAACGGGUCCACACAGGGGAGAAACCCUAUAAGUGCUUGGAGUGUGGGAAAUGUUUUGGUCGGCACUCACACCUGCGUGUGCACCACAGAGUCCACUUACGAGUGAAAUCGUAUGGAAGCCUCAAGUGUGACAAAAACUUUGUAGAGAAAGGAAGCUUUAUCCAGUAUCAUAUAGCCAGCACAGGUGAAAUACAUUUGGAAUAAUCCAAGUUUA